GGACAGGAGACCGGACAACUCGAUAAAUCCUGGGCCAGUAUCCAGGCACCGUGCUAUAUUGUGGAAUAGGAGCCCAGGCCUCAAGGUAGAUACUGGGACAGAAACGUACAACUGGUGAAGUUUCGCCAAACUGCAAUAUACAAGACAGGAGCCCUGACAUCCUGGGAAUUCCAGGAUAAGAACCACCUCUCUGGGAAAGAACAUACAGAUCCCAGGAAGUACAUUCACCCAGUCAGUGGGAAUGGCGAGUGUUUCAUCAACUGUAAAUAGCUGGUCUGAAAACCUGAAUACUCCACAACUUGUGAGGGAUUUGGGUUUACAGGAUCAUUAUCCUCACAAACUGUUACUGGUGUCAAUGCGGGAGGUAUCCUGGGGUAAACUGUACGACUGCAAACCAACUCGACCAGAAGAUCUUCCUUGGCGAUUUCUCCAAAGGAUCCUCUCAGCUAAUUCACUGGCGAGGAAUCCUGAAUGGCCGCCUGCUCAGUCCUUGGAAGACAAGAAAGAUGAUGUUGAAGAUUUCAACGAUUUCUUUGAAGUGAAAGGGCCAGGAGAUUCGGGGAUUAACCCUCUGGAUAUCAUUGCUGCCAUUUUCCUCUGUGCCGACCACUCUCUCCAGCAGGAACUGAUGCUGAAGAUGUCUCUGUGCCAACUUGCAUUACCCUUUCUGCUGCCGGAAGGGCACAGUUACCCCAGGGACAAGGUGAGGGAACCCAUGGAAGGGCCUGGUGUCACCCUUCUCCUCUGGGCCAUGAGGCCCAUUGUUAAAAUGUGGUGCCCACAAUCUCCCACAGGGAACAGCCCCGUUGUGGAGAUGCCCAUCGUGACAGCAACCGUGCCAACUGUUUCCUUCCUCAGACUCGGAAGGUGCACGGUGUCCAAAUCCAAACUCCUCAAUCUCACCUUGAGCCAGAGCCAGCUGCAGCAGAACAUCUUCCUGCACUCCGGGAUGGAAUGUGGGAAUGUGCCCCGUAGGAUAUCGGAUGGGAUGGCUGAGAUCAGCUGGUAUCUACCUUCUGGGAAGAGCAACACGGACAUUUUCCCAGAGGCUGCUGCAUUCAUCAACCUCCGAGGUGAUGCUGAAACUUACCAGGGACACACUCGGUUUCUGGCAAAAGUCUCUGCUGCUCUCUUUAUUUUCAUUGACGUUAUCGGUGAGAAGGAAAGAGAAUUCCUCACCUCUCUCGCACAGUCACCGGCAAAAUUAUUUCUGAUAGUGAACACUUACAUCAGUGAGCAACACAUCACCCCUGGGCAGGUAAAGAAACUGUUCAAAGAUCUGAAGUUACAACCUCAACAAUGCAUUGUUCGGACAAAUGUAAACGAGGCCAAACUUGUGGAAAAACUUCGUUUCCAGAUAAAACAAGUGAUUCUAAUGAGGGACAGGGACCAGAGCUUCCUGAAUCUGGAACAAAUGGGUGACAUUGCGAGAGAAAGUGGGAUUCAGGUCGAUGAACAUCAGCCUGAAAUACAACGGGCCAAGGACCUGACCAAAAUACUGGGCAGUCUUGACCCUGCAGACAUCACUGGGUAUAAAAAGAGAGUGCUGCCCUUUCAUGGAGAGCCCUGGCAAGGACUGACUAAAGUUGAGAAAGAGAAGUCUCGGAUGAAACUCCGUGGGGACAGAACCACAGAGAAGUAUAACCAUGAGUUGGACCAAGACAAGAAAAUAAUCCGGGAAGCUCAGCUCAGACAGAGCCUGUCGGAGGAGAUGCAGAUAUUCAUUGACCACCUCACCUGUCCUGGUGGGGAUGACAGGGCCAUUUCCUUGCAGUGGCUGAAGCUGAUGCUGGACAGUAAAUCAAGGGAAAUCAUGGCAGGAUUGCGCAGGGAUUAUAAAGAACUGAGCAAAGACUCAAAGCAGAAGGUCAAGGAGCUGAAGGACAUGGAUCAGAAGAUGACUGAUAGUUCCCUGGGACUUGAGCACUUCAUGAGGGAACUGGGCCAGGUUUAUGAACUCUCAGUGACACAACACAACAUAAAGCAACAAACACAGAUCCACCCACAUGUGCUUCAGUUACCGGGUGUUGCUGCUGAACUGUUGCUGGAUGGGUUCCCACUGGAGCUCAUUGAUGGAGACGUCUCCAACGUUCCUGUUUCAUGGAUCACUGCUGUACUGGAAGCAGUGGCCGAGAAGGUGGCACGUGCUUCCAGAGUGUUUGUGCUGACAGUGAUUGGAGUUCAGAGCACAGGCAAGUCCACGCUCCUCAAUACAAUGUUCUGUUUGCGGUUUGCUGUGAGCAGCGGCCGAUGUACUCGAGGGGCCUACAUGCAGCUGAUGAAGGUAACAGGGAGCCUGGCGGAGGUGCUGGGCUGUGACUUCAUCCUGGUCAUUGACACGGAGGGGCUGAGAGCUCCAGAACUUGCAACACUAACAGACAGCUACGAACACGACAAUGAGCUGGCAACAUUCGUGGUGGGAUUAAGCAACAUAACGUUGGUAAACAUAGGCAUGGAAAACAUCGCAGAGAUGAAAGAUAUUUUACAGAUUGUUGUUCAUUCCUUACUCCGCAUGAAACUGACGGGGAAAAGACCAAAGUGUAUAUUUGUCCACCAGAAUGUUGGAGAUGUGAGUGCACAUGAUCACAAUCUGAGAGGCCGUCAGAAACUACUGGAACAGCUGGAUAAGAUGACAGAGGCUGCAGCAAAACUGGAGAAAGUGGAGGGAGUAACGUUCCGUGAUGUGAUGGACUAUGAUGCUGACAAGGACAACUGGUACAUCCCUGGUCUGUGGCAAGGUACACCCCCAAUGGCUGCCGUCAACACUGGCUAUAGUGAACACGUCUUCCAACUGAAGAAGAGUCUCAUUCAAUGUUUACUCAAAGGGAAACUAGAACAAGGAGCUUUCACAAUCCCAGACUUUACCAAAUGGAUGACUGGCCUUUGGGAACAGGUGAAACAUGAGAAUUGCAUUUUCAGCUUCCAGAACAGUCUAGUCGCAGAGGCUUACAACCAGCUCUCUGUGAAGUACAAGGACUGGGAGUGGGAGCUCCGCAAAUUCACACACUCCUGGGGAAACGAGGCUGAAAACAGAGUAAACAAUGCCAGUGGUGACCUCAACCUACUGCUCCAAACACUGGAACAUGAGAUCAGGAUGGAGAUUAACAAAAGGGAGGGUGAGACUCUGGAUAAACUAAAAGCUCUGUUUGAAAGUGGGGCUGAUAACGUGCAGCUGAUGGAGAAAUACAGGGAGGAAUUCAAGCUCAGUAUCUCCAGUUUAUGCAGACGGCUUCAGGACGAUUCAAUGCAGAGAUGUAAGGAUGCUGUGAACAGACGUGUGGGACUGCAGGAAGUGGAUGCUAGUUGGAAUAAAUCUCACAAGAAGAUCGAACAACAGGUCAAGGAGCUUUUAUUAAAGUGUAAAGGGGCAAAUCAGGUGUUGGGUGACGAGGAACUGCAAACUGCCUUUGGAAAGAUGUGGCAAGACACACUGUCACAGCUGGACUAUCAGCCCUGUAGAGAAAGAAACAUUGAACUGGAGAUUGAAAAACUUCUCAGAGAGAACACAGCAACUCAAGGGAGGGUGAUUAAUGAAAUGCUAAAAAGAAAACCUCUCUGUAAACAGGGAAGUCAGUGCUUUCAAAUUGAAGGGAAACACAUCAACACGACAUGGAUGAGACGUGCUAAAACAGUCAGUAUGUCCGCCAACCAAUCAGAUGUUAUUCAGGCAGCAAUAAUAACACAGUCCCUCGAGCUUGAAUGCCAUCAAUGGAUCAGUGACAUCACAAAAAUGGACAUGGAUUAUGACAAUAGAUAUUGUAUUGAACUUUUGAAUAUUAUACAGGAGAAAAUUAACAAUAUUUCACACCCAAACUUCACAAUGAGUGAGGAAUUCAGGGCUGAGUUUAAACUUCACCUGUGUGGUUACGCUGUACCAAGAUUCCAAGACAUGCAGACAAGGUUCAUCCAGAAACACGACCCGCGGCAAAGACUGGAAAACAUGAAGGGUCAAUACUUUGAUCUCUUCAGGGAUAUUUACUCAGAGCAGGAUGAGAACCAGAGACAAGCAGAACGGUUUGCACAAUCUUGUUUCUUGCCAGCUCUCAGAGACGCCACCCUCAAGGCUCUCAGUGUGAACAUCGUAGAUGAUAUGAAACAAAAUGACCGUGAGAGCAAGUACAGUCUCCGCAACAACUUCACUGUGGCCCUCCUGGUGCACUUGAAACAAAGGGAUACAUUUGAUGACUAUCACCGGUAUAUCACUGACCUUGAGAAUUUGGCCAAAGACUGGCUCCAUCACCAGGUUAUUGAUCACUGCAAGACACAACGUGAUGGAGAGAGCACGUUUACCCGUCUGGCUAAAGGAAUCCUCACACAGAUCACUGGGAAAGCUAAAGAGAUUGUUGAGGAUGCAGUGAUGCAUAACUUUGCUGGAAAUGUUCAGAGCUUCCUGGACAUGUUUGUUGAAAAGUUAAAGACCAGGAUCUCAAUGCCCAAAGAUGAAAUGAAACUCGUUCUGUUUCACAGUGACGGUGAUGGCAAGAAAUGGGCAGAAGCAGUUCUGCCAUCUAUUGAAGAGGUGGAGCAGAGACUCCUCAGUGAGGUAACAGGCUGGGAUGUCCAAGCAAAGAUUGAAGAAUUAUCCAUUAAACCCAGGGAUGAGUUGUUCAAAGGGUUAUUCAAUUGUACCAAGAAAUGUCCUUUCUGUGGGGUUUUCUGUGAUUCAGAGACCCCGGUACACUCACAGCACUCUUGUAAGCAGCACAGACCUGAAGGUCUCAAUGGCAAUCGAUGGAUAGACAGUGAACGUCUGGUAACUGACGUCUCCACACCUUCAGUCACAGGUAAAGGAUCAUUCACAAAUCAACGGUUAAAGAGUCAACGUCUUGUAACUGACGUCUGCGCAGCUUUAGUCGCAGGUAAUGCAUCCUUUAGUAAUAACGACACAAAUGGGGAAUGCAAACCCUACAAGGAUUACCAAACUGUCAAUGAUUACUACAAAUCCUGGAUCAUCCAGCGGGAAAUUUCCGCACAGGCAGCAUCCUAUUGGAAGAAGGUUUUCUACACUUACAAUAAGCAGUUUGCUGGAAAAUAUGGGGUAAAACCUGCAGUGAUCGAUGAAGCCUGGAACAUUGACUGGGAUGUAGUGAGGGGAGAUCUGAAUAAGACUUAUAACACUAACAUUCAGUCUUGGUGAGGUGCCUUUACAUGACAUCACUCAGAGGUAGAAAUGGACAAACUGCUUCCGUAUGAAGGAAAUGGCAGAG